CACUCCGGGCCUCCCGCGCCCACCCCGGUUCCCCCGCGGGGCCGAUCCGCUCCGUUUGCCCGCCCGGGGAAUGACGUCCGAGCCCGCGGCGCCUCGCGGACAUCUCUGGGGGGCCGGGGUCGGCCUUGUAGCGGACGCGGAGGGUCUGUCCUGGCCCCCGCCCGCUCUGAGGCCCUCGCCUGCCGCAGGCCCGACGGUGCCCGGUGCUGGAUCAGCUCUGGCUGCAGCCGGUGGCUCUGGCCCCGCCACUUCCUGGAAGGAACUCGUGUGAGGCAACGGGACAAAAAUGCUUAACUUAAGGACUUGUGCAGCAAAACUGAGGCCAUUGACAGCCUCACAGACUGUAAAGACAAUUUCCCAACACAGACCGGCAGCACCCAGGACGUUCCAACAGCUGAGGUGCUACAGUGCACCAGUGGCUGCCGAGCCAUUUCUGAGUGGGACUAGUUCGAACUAUGUUGAGGAAAUGUAUUAUGCUUGGCUGGAAAAUCCCAAAAGUGUACAUAAGUCAUGGGACAUCUUUUUUCGCAAUGCCAAUGCUGGAGCUGCUCCAGGCACUGCUUACCAAAGCCCCCCUCCACUGACUACCAGCCUCUCCAUCCUGUCCCAAACCCAGUCCCUGGUUCAGGCUCAGCCUAACGUGGAUAAACUGGUGGAGGACCAUCUUGCAGUGCAAUCUCUCAUCAGGGCAUAUCAGGUCAGGGGUCACCACAUUGCAAAGCUUGAUCCUCUCGGCAUUAGUUGUGUAAAUUUUGAUGAUGCGCCAGUAACUGUUUCUCCAAACGUCGGCUUUUAUGGUCUGGAUGAAUCUGACCUCGACAAAGUUUUCCACUUGCCCACAACUACUUUCAUCGGUGGAAAUGAAUCAGCUCUUCCACUCCGGGAAAUCAUCCGUCGGCUCGAGAUGGCAUACUGCCAGCACAUUGGCGUGGAGUUCAUGUUCAUCAACGACCUGGAGCAGUGCCAGUGGAUCCGGCAGAAGUUUGAGACCCCAGGUAUCAUGCAGUUCACCAAUGAAGAGAAGCGCACGCUGCUGGCCAGGCUGGUCCGCUCUACCAGGUUUGAGGAGUUCCUCCAUCGGAAAUGGUCUUCAGAGAAGCGUUUUGGUCUGGAGGGAUGUGAAGUGCUGAUCCCAGCCUUAAAGACCAUUAUUGAUAAGUCAAGUGAGAAGGGAGUGGAUUAUGUGAUCAUGGGAAUGCCCCACAGGGGACGCCUGAAUGUUCUUGCCAACGUGAUCAGGAAAGAGCUGGAGCAGAUAUUCUGCCAGUUUGACUCCAAGCUGGAGGCUGCUGAUGAGGGCUCCGGUGAUGUGAAGUACCACCUGGGAAUGUACCAUCGGCGAAUUAAUCGCGUCACUGACAGGAACAUCACUCUUUCCUUGGUGGCAAAUCCUUCUCAUUUGGAAGCAGCUGAUCCUGUUGUUCAAGGCAAGACUAAGGCAGAGCAGUUUUACUGUGGAGACACGGAGGGGAAGAAGGUGAUGUCCAUCCUCCUGCAUGGAGAUGCUGCAUUUGCAGGGCAAGGCAUUGUGUAUGAGACAUUUCACCUGAGUGACCUUCCCUCCUACACCACCCACGGCACUGUCCAUGUUGUGGUCAACAACCAGAUUGGCUUCACAACAGACCCUCGGAUGGCCCGCUCCUCCCCAUACCCCACCGACGUAGCCCGGGUGGUCAACGCGCCAAUCUUCCAUGUCAAUGCAGACGACCCUGAGGCCGUGGUCUAUGUCUGCAAUGUGGCAGCAGAAUGGCGAAGCACCUUCCACAAAGACGUGGUGGUGGACUUGGUUUGUUACAGGCGCAACGGACACAAUGAGAUGGAUGAACCUAUGUUCACGCAGCCCCUGAUGUACAAACAGAUCCGGAAACAGAAGCCAGUGUUGCAGAAAUACGCAGAGCUGCUGAUUUCCCAGGGGGUGGUAAAUCAGCCGGAGUAUGAGGAGGAAAUUGCCAAGUACGAUAAGAUUUGUGAGGAGGCCCAUGCCAGAUCCAAGGAUGAGAAGAUCUUGCACAUCAAACACUGGCUGGACUCACCUUGGCCAGGUUUCUUCACUUUGGACGGGCAGCCCCGGAGCAUGACCUGCCCUUCCACUGGCCUCAAUGAAGAGGACCUGACGCACAUUGGUCAAGUGGCCAGCUCGGUGCCAGUGGAGGAUUUCACUAUCCAUGGAGGUUUGAGCCGUAUUCUGAAAACUCGUGGGGAGAUGGUGAAGAACCGGACAGUCGACUGGGCCCUGGCAGAGUACAUGGCAUUUGGCUCCCUGCUCAAAGAGGGCAUCCACAUCCGCCUGAGUGGCCAGGAUGUUGAGAGGGGGACAUUUAGCCAUCGCCACCAUGUCCUGCAUGAUCAGAAUGUGGACAAGAGGACCUGUAUCCCCAUGAACCACCUCUGGCCCAACCAGGCUCCGUACACUGUCUGCAACAGCUCCCUGUCAGAGUACGGUGUCUUGGGAUUUGAACUGGGCUUUGCCAUGGCCAGUCCCAAUGCCCUGGUGCUUUGGGAAGCCCAGUUUGGGGAUUUCCACAACACUGCUCAAUGCAUUAUCGACCAGUUCAUCUGUCCCGGGCAGGCCAAGUGGGUCAGGCAGAACGGCAUUGUCCUGCUGCUCCCCCACGGCAUGGAGGGCAUGGGUCCCGAGCACUCCUCUGCCCGCCCAGAGCGAUUCCUGCAGAUGUGCAAUGAUGAUCCUGAUGUCUUCCCUAAGCUGGAUGACUUUGAUGUGCGUCAGCUCUAUGAGUGCAACUGGAUUGUCGUGAACUGCUCCACUCCAGCCAACUUCUUCCACGUCCUCCGGCGCCAGAUCCUCCUGCCCUUCCGCAAACCGCUGAUAAUCUUCACUCCAAAGUCACUGCUGCGCCACCCCGAAGCCCGCUCCAGCUUUGAUGACAUGCUGCCAGGCACCCACUUCCUCCGUGUCAUCCCUGACAGUGGCCCUGCAGCCCAGAACCCCGAGCAGGUGAAGCGGGUGCUGUUCUGCACUGGCAAGGUGUACUAUGACCUGACCCGUGAGCGCAAGGCCCGGCAGAUGGAGGCCGAUGUGGCCAUCACCAGGGUGGAGCAGCUCUCCCCGUUCCCCUUUGACCUCCUCCAGCGGGAAGCCCAGAAAUACCCAGCUGCCGAGCUGGUGUGGUGCCAGGAGGAGCACAAGAACCAGGGUUACUAUGACUAUGUCAAACCCCGGCUUCGCACCACCAUCAACCGUGGAAAGCCUGUCUGGUAUGCAGGGCGGGAGCCAGCAGCUGCCCCUGCCACUGGCAAUAAGAAAACCCACCUGACAGAGCUGCAGCGGCUACUCGAUACAGCCUUCAACCUCGAUGCCUUCAAGGACCUGGCUUGAGCGCUGUCGCGGCACAGCAUGCUCCUCCAUCUGUCUGUUCGUCUCUCUGUCCUUUGCUCGCCUCCCCCCCUCAACUACAGAUCUUGUCAACCCCA